GAAUAGGUCUCUUUAUAAACGCGUGUAGGAGUGAGAAAAUAUGUGUUUUAUAUACUAAACGCUAUUUAGCUCAGUGAAUACACUCGCGCUGAAAGAAAGAACUGGAUUAAAGACACGGCAAAGCUGCGUUCAAGGUCCUUUAUUGAAUUCUGACUGUCCCCUCCCACUUCUUCGUAUCCUAGCAGCGGAGCUCAGAGCUGUCUCCUGAUUGGUUCAUUUCCAAGAAUCCGCCAUAUUCAAAGUUCCACCGCGGUGUGUGCUCUGUUGUCAUCGACCUCCUGCUUUCUUUGUACACAUCGGACUAGUUUUCAUACGCAUUUUUCCCACAUAGCUGUAACUAAGUUUUGGUUUUGCUAAUUUUACAACGAGACCUGUCGCACAAUGGAAGAAAACGAAGACGCUAGCGGAAGAAUGGUGGGAAACAGGAAGGGGAAACUUCGAAGGGUGUCAUCGAGAACGUCUACUACCAGUGUCAUUAGCGCGUCGCAGCCGUCUCCUGAAAGACUCCUGAGAAACCACACCAAGAAACCCCCUCUGCAGAGAGGCAGCUCCUUCACCUUUCUUACUCCAGGGACCCCGUGGGACUUCAGUCUUAAAAGAAAGCGCAAAGAAAAGGAUGAUGACACGGUCAGUUUGUCCAGCUUCGACCUCAAGGAACCAAGUAACAAGCGAGUAAGAUCACUGGCCAAAGUUUCUUCACUUGUCAACCUGAUAUCUCCUUCAAAGAAUGGAGCAGUGCGGCGCUUCGGCCAGACCAUACAGUCAAUGUCAUUACGUAGUGAUACCAAGUCACCUGGGACGUCCCUGAAAGCCAGCAGCAAGGCAGCGGGUCCCACCCCCACAAAACGCAGGAACAGCACACUGUGGUCAGAGACACUGGACAUCCAUCAGAAGAGCACAUUCUCCUCCAAAGAGAUCAAGAGACAAGAGGCAAUUUAUGAGCUCUACCGUGGGGAGCAGGAUCUCAUAGAAGAUCUUCAACUUGCACGAAAGGCUUAUCAUGAUCCUAUGCUGAAGCUCUCUAUCAUGACAGAGGAGGAACUAGCUCACAUAUUUGGGGACCUGGAUGCAUAUAUUCCCUUACAUGAAGACUUAUUGAUGAAACUGACCGAGGGAACUGGCUCAGAUGGAACAGUGGCUCAGAUUGGGCAGAUCGUAAUAAACUGGCUGCCUGGUCUGAAUGCUUACAAAAACUACUGCAGCAACCAGCUUGCAGCCAAAGCCCUGCUGGAUCAGAAAAAACAGGACAAGCGGGUCCAGGACUUCCUGCAGCGCUGUCUGGAGUCGCCUUUCAGCAGGAAGCUGGACCUCUGGAGCUUCCUCGACAUCCCACGUUCGCGACUAGUCAAAUACCCCCUGCUGCUGCGAGAGAUUCUCAGACACACUCCUCCUGAUCAUCCAGAUGUAGCCAGCCUGGAGAAAGCUAUCACUAUAAUCCAGGAGAUUCUGUCUGAAAUCAAUGUGAGAAAAGGCGAGUCUGAGUGUAAGUACUACAUUGACAAACUGGAGUACUUGGAUGAAAAGCAGCGUGACCCCCUCAUAGACAAAUGCAACGCACUCCUUUGUCACGGAGAGCUGCGGAACAAGAGUGGCUCGAGGCUGCAUGUGUUCCUCUUCUCUGAGCUGCUGGUUCUGACCCGACCGGUGACGCGCAACGAGAGGAGCUGCUUCCAGGUGUAUCGACAGCCCAUCCCCGUUUGCGAUUUGGCUUUGGAGGACCUGCAAGACGGAGAGAUACGCAUGGGGGGGUCGUUCAGAGGGGCCUUCACCUCAGGAGAGAAAGCUAAGAAUGUGUUCCGUGUGAGGUCGGUGGACACGGCCCAUGGCCAGUCCCACACCCUGUACGUCAACGACGUUUACCACAAGCAGCAGUGGCUCAACUGUUUACGCACGGCGUUGGCCCGACAGCAGGGGGCUCCACCCCAGCAGGAAGAAGCUAUCAGAGGCAAGCGUCGCUCCUCCGCCCUCUGUAACGAAGAGGCAGACGAGAACUGCCCGUCCGUCUGUGGCCCCAAGCUGAGGCCGCAGACCCUCUCCAAAACCAGACUGGACCAGACAGUACGAGCCUCUCAAAUGAGGAAGGAAACGGGAGUGUAGACAUUCGGCCCAAGGUGACGGCUCGUUAGAGGUUCUUCUCUGACAGAUGAUCAGUGACUCUCAACCACUUUGUGAUUUCGCUUUGUCUCUAGCUGCACUGAAAGGCCUUUCCAGUCAUUUCCGUCCAAACGUGUAUCAACUUUUUGUCUUAGAAAGCUUAGUUUACAAAGGAGUGAUAUGUGCCAGCGUACGCGAGAUGUUUACACAGCCUGAAUGUGUAAAACCGGGGGUUCUGUGUCUAAAACUGUUUUUUACCACUUGUAGCUUUGUUGUCUUCUCCAGCAGUGACGCAUGUAAAAUGUUUUUUUUCCACAGUGAUCAGAGUUUAAACUAGGACAGGCUGUGUUGCCUGAGCUUUGAGGACAGGAAGCAUUGGGGUGAGACGACAAAAAAUGCUCCUUAGAUCUAAGAUAUUGUGAGUGAGAACUUUCACCACACAGCGACAAACUGAAAACAUUUCUUGGAAUGAAGAAAUGAGAUCAAUCUAAUUAUAUUGAGUGGACUCUGUUAAGUAGAAAAAAAAUAAAACAUUUAGUUUA